CGCCCCCCAGUCCAUACUGCGCGGCGCGUACCUCCUCGGUCAAGUCCCCGCGGUCGCUUUCGUCCUCGUCACACCAGAGGCCCUACAUCUUCCUAAAAAGAGUCGGCGAUCAUCACGAGACCCACGAAUCCGCACUGGCGUAUCUGUUGCCUUUCCUCAUCGAUAGAGUGAUAACUUCCUACACCACAGCAUAAUCCCAAUAGAGUGAUACGACUACACGGCCGUUCUCCAGUCUCACUCCGUUGAUUCUCUGCCCUGGUCAUUCCGCUUUCCCCACGGCGUCUGUCUGGUCGGGUCACGGUCGAGAUAGACUCUUAGAAUCUUCGUUUCAGUCUUGCACAUAGCGCAUACAUUCGGCCAUCGGGUCUUUGACAGAUCGCGGCUCCCUGACAGUUCCUUAUCCUCGCACGACGAAGACUGGUGCUUUGUGUUGUGCAUUUGACUGGGCCUAUUGACUUCCAUUCAAUACUCCGCCUCGUUGGUUUCUCGACUUCCUAACAGGUUAACAAAGGCAGCUGUCUUUGCAUAUAGCGCAGACUCCCGGCUAUCCAUCGGCCUUUGACGGAUCGAGACCGGCCUCACGAUUCAAUCUUCACGGGGACCGAAGACAAGUGCUUUGUCUUACGCGUUUGAUAAGGCCUUUUAUCCCAACGCCUAUAUAAUAUAACUCCUCGGUUCUUUUCGGACUGUUUUAUAGGAUCACAAAAAUAUCUGACAACAUGGCUGCACUGAACAAACACAACCCCAUUAUGCAGUCCAGCACCCCGCCGGUGUCUGGAGCGACUGCAUCUGCUCGACUCGAGAGAAGCCACCCGGGGGUGCGCCGCUCCACACCCGACUCAGAUGCACUGGCUUCAUCAGACGACGAUGGAGACCAUAUCCCUCUCUCUCACACCAUCACUGCACCUGCAACCAAACCAGUGCGCCGCACCUCAUGGCUGAACGAGAUACCUCUCUCAGCGCAACGGAAGCAUUCAUUGCCUGGAGGCCCGCUCACUUCAGCCCCCUCGAAUCCUGCAAGCCCUUCCAGUGAACAGGCACCGUGGAGUUCAAACACCACCAGCCCCGGGCUAAGCGGCUCGUUCAAUUGGAACCAAGCUGGAGGGAGUUCCUUCCCUUGGGGUACUGGCAUCUGGAACUCAGAUUCUCGCAAGGAACCUCCAUCACGCCUGUCCGAGAUCGUUCCCUCUCCAACUAUGACUACCCCAGUCCCUGCGAGUGGUCCGCUCGGGGAGGAAACGCUCAGUCCUAUUACUCGAACCAUCUCUGGCGAGUCGGCUAUUCCUUUCUCAAUUCCGCUUCACCCUACUCCAAAGACCUAUCGGUCUCAGUCCUACUCGGUUGGACAAAUGGACCCAGAAUAUCUGGGGAUGAUGGCCAACAAGCCUGCUACUGGUACACAGUAUGCCCCUGGUCGUGCCCGUGCCCCGGGGCAAUUGUCCUCUGGCCAGCCCCGCGCGUCACGGCCCAGCGUACUCGGCGAACUCGGACAUGAUCCUGCAAUGCUCGGUCGGGUUCGAGAGGAUGAGGAUGGCGAUGAGAGCCUCAAUGGCUCUGACGGCGAUACAAACUAUUCCGCCAGCCAGGCGCGCACCAUUGAACAGCUGGCUCGUGAAAACGCAAUUCUCCGUCAACAGGCUGCCGCAGGCCAGAUGGACAGCCGCUUCCGUGACCGAGCAUCCUCAUCUGCCUCCAUUGUGAGCGGAAUUCACCCCACUCACCGCAUUAGAGAGGCCGUCCCCGAGGAAGACCUGGCUGUUGAGGAUCUGGGCGAACUUCGCGAUAUUCAGGGAUAUAACGUGCGCGGGGGCACCAGAAGGCGCUUCUCUGAACAUUCGUCCAAUCUCGAACAACAGUUCUCCUCUUUUGCCACGCCUCUUGAGAACCGUGCUCUGGAGAAUGUGCGUAAGGCCCACUGGCAGACUUCCCUCGGAUUUACAGGUGCUGCCGAUAUGCCGCAGAGCCGUCGUCACUCCUUUGCCGACAUUCCAAUGCGCCACAGCUCGAUUAGUUCCGUCGACUCACAGGCAACGGCCACCCCUCGUGCUGCGCUGGGAGAUCGCGACGAUGGAUAUAGUACCAUCAGUGACUAUUCUAAUCCGUCCAUGCAGCAACAAUCCUAUUACUCCCGCGAGCAAACCCUUCGUGGCGAUGGUUCAUCUGGAAUUCCCGCCUCUCUUAACCAGUAUGCCAUGUCUGGUGCCUAUGGCCGUCAGCCAGCUGGUCUCUCGCACGGUCAUCAGAACCAGCUUUUGUACAUUGUCACCUUCAAGUGCCACCGCGCCGACGUCUUCUACAUCCAAGAAGAUACCGGUCUUCAGGUGAAAGCUGGUGACCUUGUCAUUGUCGAAGCUGAUCGAGGCACCGACUUGGGCACUGUCCAGCAUGCCAAUAUUUCUCUGCAAAAGGCACGAGAGCUGAAACAGCAGUAUGCAGAGGAGCACUACAAAUGGCUCAUGAUGUUCUCUCGCCAGGGACAGCUUGAGGGUUCGACUGCUGGCAGCACAGGCUUGACUGCUCGUAGUGCCACUGGUGGCAUGGGCCCGCAUGCUCAUGGCGUCCAGGAGACCGCCACAGAGAUCAAACCCAAGCUCAUCAAGCGUCUCGCGCAGAACCAUGAGAUCCUCACCCUUCGUGACAAGGAAGGUAAUGAGGCGAAGGCGAAACGGGUCUGUCAGCAGAAGGUAGCUGAACACCGACUGAACAUGGAGAUCCUCGAUGCAGAGUUCCAAAUGGACUGGAAGAAACUCACCUUCUACUAUUUCGCCGACUCGUACAUCAACUUCAACUCCCUGGUCACUGACCUCUUCAAAAUCUACAAGACCCGCAUCUGGAUGUCCGCCAUUAAUCCCGCUUCAUUUGUGACACCGCCCACUGCGGGUCUGCAAGGCUCCCCCACUGCUAUGGGUGGCGCGCUCUACGGCCAGGAUGCAGACCGUCGUCACCAACACGAUGCACGGCCUUACCCUGGAGCCCGAGAAGACGUUGGGCGCGAGGGAAUGGCAAACCCAGUUGGAAUGCUUCGGUCCGCAUACCCCGACACUUAUCCGGCCUUCUCUCAGACAUCCCGCCAAACCGAUGUCCCAGCAACUGAUCCCUUUGGUCCCUACUCGCCUGGUGGCUUUGGAACUUUGGACCAAGGAUUCCCCGAUUACCAUGUCGGCGGUGUAGGUUCCAACAGUGCUGCCCGCAUGGUCCCCGGACAAGGCGAGUGGGUAGGCCGGUUCCAAGGCCUGUCACUCAACUCUUCUUGACACUCCUUCUCCUUCCUCCACAAAACCCUGUACAAUCCCAUUUCAUGAUCCUCUCCUCCUCUCCUCCUCUCUACUUUCCAUCUCUACUGUUCUACGACGAAAGAUUUUCCAACUGCUAGACUUUUGUUCAAUGAUUGCUUUUUAAUCCUUUAUUCCGUAUCCCUCUCUGACGGUUCUCGUUCCCCGGUACUAUUUCCUUCCCCCGCCGUCAAAUCUUGUGCCAAUCUUUUUUUCGCGAAAGAAUGUUCCUCUGCAAUGGUGCCGGAUUCGGUGCAAAUAUGCUGGCUUUUUUAUCUUGUUUUCAUCUUUCUUCGUUUUAUGCUACUUUAUCCCUGUACCAUCCCGUCUCUGCUUUCAUCGGUUUUCAGCUCAGAUCUAAAAUUCAUACCCAGGGGUCCGUUCGACAUUUAUCGACCCGCACAUUCUUUUACACGGCUACUUAUUACUUAUUAUCUCUCUCUCUCUCUGCUUUCCAUGUUUUUCCCCAACUUUUUUCUGUUUAAUAGACUCGAGCAAGCUUGCCUCGCAUGACCAGAUCAGAUCGUGAGAAUAAUCUAAGAUUGUUGUUUUUGUGCGCAGUGCGCUUUUGCUUUUUGAUUUGAACAUCUUGUGUUUUGCUUUUGUUUUGAUAUUCGCUGGAUAUUUUGAGCUUGUGUCGCGAGAUUCUAAAGACUGGACAUGAUAUUUUGUCUGUGAUUUUAUAAGAACUGGCUAUAAAAUGAGUUUUCAUAUGUGUAUUUAGCUCUGCCUUCGAGGCUAUUGAUGAUAUUCCUCACGGCUGUGAGAUAAAUCUAUGUUAGUCCCUGAUGCCUUCGUGGACCACGUUCCUUUCCUGAACUUUUAUCCUAGGUCAGAUGAUUUGCUAUUUCAUACAACUAGUUACGACUGUCGUUC